GAGGGUACCUUGUAGUAGAUUAGGCAAAUUCCACUCGUCCUUCGGGACUAGGUAGCUCAGUGGUCAAGAAUAGACACUCUACCUACAAUCUAUUAUCUGCCCCCACAUGAACCCCUGCGUGAUUUUCCGCCAAUGGACUUGGCUAUGCAAAUUUCCCGGUUGGCUGUUGCCCCACUCUUUGGAUAGAACAUUGGAUUGUAAAACAUGAAAUGGCAGAGAAGCGAUACACUGGCAAAUUUUGGGAUAGGACCUGCAUACGGGAUGACAUGUGAAGCAUGUAUGAUCUACCGCUUCGAUCGGAUGGAAAGGAUGGCUUGUGAGAGGCUAUCCGCCAGUUAGCGAGCCCGGGGAGAUUGACAAUGGUUCCUGCGACGGGAAGGGGUUUCAAUGUGAGUGUGGAUUGAUGGGAGAUGAAUGUGCCAGAGCCUUGGUUCGUGGAAUCUUGGUGGGUUAUUGAUGGAGGAUCGCGGGAGGUCGGAAAACAGGAUGUGCAUGCUCAGGUUGGUGAGAGCUUGUUUUGACCCUGAGUUCUCGGGAGGAGGAUCCGGUGGGGGACGAACCACGAAGCGAGAGAGCACGUCGUAUUUCAACCGUCGACCUGGACAGAUUGAGACGAAGAUCCCAAUCGAAACCGUUAUGCCUCUCUGUGCUCUGCCCCGGUCUUUCGAUCACUUGUGAUCCGAGGUGCCCCUGUCUAACCACCGUCCACUCCAGAUAGCCGAGGAGAGUUGUUUAUAAAAGAAGUUGUAUUCCUCUUUCCAUGCCUCUUCUUUCUUUUCUCUCCAGCAGCGCUCUCAUUCUCUACAUCAGUCUUCCAGGUUUCUAGUUUCCCGACUUCAAGAACAUUCCUUCCUUCAUUUAUUCCCAUUCAUCCAUUCAUUUUUCACCGAGCUGUGCUCUGUUAAAUAAAUCACUUACCUUUACACAUCUACACCUCUAAUCACCCUCACACCCUCCCCCGAUCAACCCUCAAAAUGCACUUCUCCCUCACCGCAUCCCUAACCCUCGCCCUCGUGGCCCUCACGGUCGCCACUCCCCUCCCCGCCCCCAAAACCUCCACCAAAACCAAAUCCGCCAAAGCCUCCUCCGCAACCAAAGAUGCCGCCGCCGACGCAGCAGGAGGAGCAUCCGUCCUCACUGCAGGACAAACAUACAACGACAUCCAGAUCUCCUCCGGCACCGCGGGCGACGCAGAGAGUCUCGCCAACGCCCUCUUCGCCAACAUCGACCAGAGCAACCUCGCGGGUGUCAGUGCUGCGGAUCUGAAGAUCAUCAAGGCGACGCAUGAUGUUGCUGAGGAUGCGGAGGUGGAUGGGUUUAAUAAGGCGCUUGAGGGUGCGACUGGGGAUGAGAAGGUGGCUAUUCAGGUAUGUUCUAUCCCCCUUCCCCAAUUCCCAUCCUCCUUUUUUUUUACUUUAGGGAUUUGAGAGGGAUGUAUACUGAUUUUAAAACAGAACGGCAAAAUAAAGAACAAAGUCCUCAAACUCACCGCUGAGGUUCUUGCGCUACAAGUUGAGAACGCGCAGGGCAAUGAGAAGGGUGAUGUUGCGGCGGAGCAGAAGAAGUUGGCUAAUAACAUUGCGCUUGAUACCAAGGCUAAGGGUGGUGCUAGUACCGCUGUUCCUUUUGAUGGGACGAUUGGUUGAGCUCCAAGUUUAUCUGAGGAAGCUUGUCUUUCGUGAUGCUAAGUCGGAGAAGCGAAUUGAGUUGGAGUGUUGGAAAUGUGGAUAGAUGGAAAGAGAUGGAAAUUAAUAUGGUGGAUGUAUGGAUGGACGGAUAUUUCGCUUUGGGGAUUUUUAUUGUUGUUGGUGAUGGGAUCUACUUAUUUACUUGGAUCAAUUUUAACUG